AUGGCUGACAUCCACCAACUGCCGUCCCAUAGUCCGUGGAUUGCGGAGCAACUACCACCACUUUCUGCUGCAUGGGCUGGCCAACCCGGAAAUCAGGACGAAGACGUGAUUUUACUCCGACAACGAUGGCUCAACGAGCAGUUAACCCAACAAGACACAGAGCUCAAGCACGUCCGUGAUAUCUCUGUUCGUGUAGGUACAUUCAAUGUGAAUGGACAAGACCCAAAAGAGUCUCUUCGUCCUUGGCUUUGCCCUCCGGAUACAACUACUGCGACUUCAGACUUGAUAGUUUUGGGCUUUCAAGAAUUAGAUCUCAGCACAGAGGCUUUGCUCAUAAGCACAACCACAUUGAGAGAGGAUAUUUGGUGUGAGGCACUGAUGCGGGACUUGGCUGAAUUGGGCGAAGAAUAUGUGAAGUUGACUUCUAAACAAUUAGUGGGAGUUUUGAUUGUAGUGCUCAUUCGACGACCAAUCCUGCCACUUUUGGCUCCUUCCGGAGUUGCCUCGAGCAGUGCUGGAGUCGGGAUAUUAGGCACAAUGGGUAACAAGGGCGGCGUAGCACUGCGGCUGCAACUAUUGGACACAACACUGGUAUUUAUGAACGCGCACCUCGCUGCCAGUGCACACGCUGUACCCCCACCCGAUCCGAAUCAAACCCAACCGGUAUUCAUCGGACGUGGUCCCAUUCCAAUGGAUGCAGUUGUAGACAGGAGGAACGCAGAUUAUAUUUCGUUGACCGGACCAGGAGGGAGGCUUAACUUUACGUUAUUACCUCGAACGCCAAGUGCUCUCCCCACUACAGUUGGAUUCUGGGACAGUCAUGUCGCUUUCUUCAUGGGUGACUUUAAUUACCGAAUAGACUUGUUAGACGAUGAGAUACGGGCAUUUAUUGAAGAUCCAACUGACAAGGACUAUACAACUCUGUUAAAAUUCGACCAGCUCAAAGUUCAACAGCACUUUGGAAAAGCAUUUGGUGGCAUGAUAGAAGGGCCCAUUAGAUUUAAACCAACAUAUCGAUGCGUGAUCGGAAAGAAAGAAGGACAUUACUGGGACGCCAAACGACGACCAGCCUGGACGGACAGGAUCUUAUACCAGACUGCUAGAGGCAAAGACAAGACCGUCCGACUCGUUGAGGAUUCUUAUCAAAGCUAUCCGGCUAUCUCUCUCAGUGACCACAAGCCUGUCUCCGCAGACUUUAUCGUGCAGGUGGAGGAAAUGGAUAGGGGCUUGGCCGAGACUCGUAUGAAACAAUUGAUCAAGAAUCUCGGAAGAUUGCCUCUGGAGGAAGAUGUCCCUCGUAUUCGGCUAAGCGAUGAUUUCAUUGACUUUGUUGGCGUUAGAUACCUGAAGCCCCUUAUUCAGGAACUAAAAAUUCAGAACAUCGGUUUUAUUACAGCAUACUGGCGGAUAAUUCCUUUGGAGAAUGGCGGACCAUUGCAUCCGGACUGGGUGACAAUUCACCCGACGUCGGGUGUGCUGCUUCCGGGAGAUUCUGUGGCCAUUACUAUCACCACUAGCAUCACAAAUGGCAUCGCAGCUGAGCUAAAUGCCGGGAACAAGAAACUUGAAGACAUUGUGAUUCUUCGGACCAUCCGAGGCAAAGAUACUUUCCUGCCGAUUAAUGGGACGUGGACCCGAACUUGCCUAGCAUAUAGCCCCACAGCGCUGGUUAGAUUGCCUGGGCCUGUCAGAACAUCCACAGUCUUGAAGAGCGCCCAGCUUCCUCCAGAAAAAGCAUCAAGUUCCCCAAGAGAGUUAAUGAGGCUCAUCAAUUGGCUGAUGAAGAAUAGUAUUGAAUUCGAUGAUUUAUUCGAGAAGCCAGGUGACACGAAUAUAGUUGACCAGAUUGUUGAGGCGCUGGACACUGGUGCCGAGUUCCCCUUUGACGAGAAAACACCGGACCACGGGGUCGCACUUGCAUUUGCGAGUGCUCUUCUAUUGUUUUUAGAAGAAAUGCCUGAGCCCGUUAUACCGUACGGAUUGUAUGCACAGUGCGCGUUGACGAGUUCAAGAGAGCAAGCUUAUGAGAUUUUGGAUACUCUCCCUGGGUUAAAUGCGAAUAUGUGGAUUUCAAUCACUGCAUUCCUUCAUUACUUUUGUCAACAAGACAGGAGAGCGAAAAACACAGACGCUACGCGAAAAAUAGCGAGGAUAUUCGCCGAGGUACUAUGGUUUGAUUCGAUGACUAUGCCAUUAGCCAAUCGUUUGUCGCCCUUGACAAGGACUAGUGGGACUCCUGCGAAAGUCAACGAUCUACCUUCAGCACAUAUAUGCCCCGCUCUCCUUGGACCAUUUCCAUCGUAA